AUGCUCCCAACAACCGCAUCGCACGUCACACGAACGCGAAGACUUGGACAUCUCUGGAUAUGUUGCACUUGCCUGCUAAUUCUGUUCCUCGUUGGAAGCCGCUCCGCACACUAUUCACCGUGGCCAUCCUCAUCUUCUGGAAAUGCGCAAGAGCCGUUGGGCAACGCAUCCUCUCAGACACUCGACGUCGACCUCAUUGUAGCAAGCCAGGCAAAAGACAACACCACCUGGCUGCUGGAUGAGUUUGCAGACUGGAGAAAGCUCAUAUAUGUCACCGACGAUCCCAAAGCAGCCCUGACGGUGCCGAGGAACAAGGGACGAGAGGGCAUGGUGUACUUGACACACAUCAUCGACAAUUAUGAUGAGCUUGCCAAGAUCAUCAUCUUCUCUCAUGCCAAUCGAUAUCAGUGGCACAACGAUGAUUCUCUGUACGAGGGCCAGCGAGUCCUGAGUCGGCUGCGUUUGGCCCACAUCCAGGAUCAAGGCUACGCGAAUCUUCGUUGUGUUUGGACUCUGGGUUGUCCGAGUGAAAUACGGCCACAUGUCGAGGCUGAGGCUCCUUCGCCUGCUUCGGAUCCAGCAUCCCGCAAUGCCAGAGCUGGGUCUUUCUACAAAAACGCCUUCGAAGAGCUUUUGCCUGGAGUCACAGUGCCCGAUGUCGUUGGGGCAGCCUGCUGCGCACAAUUCGCUGUGACUGCGGAGAGAAUCCGUCAACGUCCAAAGAGCGACUACGAACGAUAUCGGACUUGGCUGUUGCAGACUGAACUCAACGAUGAUCUCGCUGGACGAAUCAUCGAGUACUUAUGGCACAUAAUCUUCGGCCAGGAUGCCGUCUUCUGA